AUGGAGAGUGUCAGCCUCCAGCGACCCGCCUGGAAAUGGCAAGUACUGAGUUUGUUUUCGCUCUGGGGCUGGGUCUCCGGGCAGAUCCGCUACUCGGUAGUUGAGGAAUCAGAGGUGGGAACCGUGGUGGGGAAUGUGGCCCGGGACCUGGGCUUGAAGGUGGAGGAGUUGCCGGGUCGUAGGCUGCGCCUGGGCUCAGAGGAGAGCCUGAGCCACUUCGCUGUGCGCCUGGACAGCGGUGAGCUGGUGGUGAGCCAGCAGCUGGACCGGGAGCGUCUGUGUGGAGCAGCUGCCAGCUGCGUGCUGUCGGUGCAGGUAGUGACAGAGAACCCCCUGCAGCUCUUCCGCCUGGAAGUGGAGAUCCUGGACUUGAAUGACAACUCCCCGAGCUUCCCCACUGCUCACCGCUCCCUGCGGGUUGCCGAGUCUGCCACGGUGGCCACGCGCUUCCCCCUGGAGAGCGCGCAGGACCCUGACGUGGGCACCAAUGCUGUGGGCUUCUACCGGCUGAGCCCCAACUCCCACUUCUCCCUGGACGUCAAGCAGCAGCAGGAUGGCAAACUCUUCCCGGAGCUGGUGCUGGAGCGUGCCCUGGACAGGGAAGAGCAGCCAGAACUGCAGCUGGUGCUGACGGCCAUGGACGGGGGAAGCCCACCCCGCUCGGGCACAGCGCAGAUAACGGUCUUGGUGCUGGAUGUCAAUGACAAUGCACCCACCUUCGACCGCUCCACAUACAAGGUGCAAGUCCUGGAAAACACACCUGUGGGGGCGCUGCUCCUCCAGCUCAACGCAUCUGACCCCGAUGAGGGCCCCAAUGGGGAGACACAGUACUCCUUCGGGGUUCACACCUCCGACUCAGUCCGAAGGCUCUUUACCCUGGAUCCCCACAGUGGUGAGGUCCGGGUGAAGGGGGCCCUGGACUUUGAGGAAUCAGCUUCCUAUGAGAUCUACGUGCGAGUCCAUGAUGGAGGGGUCCCAGAGAUGGAGGGCCACUGUGUGCUACAGGUGGAAGUGGUGGAUGUCAAUGACAACCCCCCGGAGGUGCUGCUCACCUCUCUACUGAACCCAGUGCCAGAAGACACUCCACCAGCGACUGUCAUCGGGCUCUUCAAUGUACGGGACCGAGAUGCAGGGGCCAAUGGGGAUGUGAGCUUGGAGAUCUCCCCCAAUGUGCCUUUCACCAUCAAGUCCCUUCAGAACCACUUCUCCCUGGUUACCCGGGAGAGCCUGGACCGAGAAUCCACCUCACAGUAUGUAGUGGAGCUGGUUGCCCAGGAUGGUGGGUCUCCUGCCCUCACCACAACACUCACACUGCUCCUCAACAUAUCUGAUGUGAAUGACAACCCUCCACACUUCUUGCAGCCCUCCUAUGAUGCCUUCCUCCCAGAGAACAACCCACCUGGCUCACUGCUGUGCACUGUCUCUGCCUCAGACCCUGAUGAUGGGGAUAACUCCCGUCUCGUUUACUCCAUAGAGAGCAGCCAAUACUUCUCUGUCAACGUGAACACCGGGGUGAUAAUGGUCAGUGAGCGGAUAGACCGGGAGCAGCUCUGUGGGCAGAACCCCCGCUGCUUCCUCCACCUGAAACUUGCCAUCGAGAACCCAGUGGAGUUUUAUCGCAUUGAGGUGGAGAUCCUGGAUGUCAAUGACAACCCCCCGGAGUUCCCCAGUGAUGAGGUUUCCUUGCGCAUCUACGAGCUGGCCUCCCUGGGUGCCCGCUUCCCCAUCCAGCCUGCCCAGGACCCCGAUGUGGGCACCAACACCUUGCAGACCUAUCACCUGAGUGCCAACGAGAACUUCAACCUCAAUGUGAAGGCACGCACGGAUGGUGGCAAAUUUCCUGAGCUGGUGCUGGAGAAGGCCCUGGAUCGGGAGCUCAGAGCCUUCCACCACCUGGUUCUGACUGCUGAAGAUGGGGGUUCUCCUCCUCAGUCCAGUAAGAUACGCAUUACUAUUCAGGUCCUGGAUGCCAAUGACAACCACCCUGUCUUUGACAGACCAUCAUAUGGAGCCCGCUUGGUGGAGAACUCACCACUGGGCACCCUUGUGGUGAAGUUAAAUGCCACCGACGUGGAUGAAGGGCCCAAUGGAGAGAUCCGCUACUCCCUCAGCAGUCACAACUCAGCUACCCUACGCCAGAUCUUUGCCAUCGAUGAGCAAACUGGGGAGAUUCGUGUCCAGGGUAACCUGGACUUUGAGGAGGCAACAGUGUAUGAGAUUGAAGUGGAGGCCAAGGACAUGGGGUCACCCACAAUGGAGGAGCACUGCAGCGUGUUGGUGGAAAUCACCGACGUGAAUGACAACGCCCCUGAGGUCAUUCUUACCUCCUUCUCCAGCUCCCUGAGCGAGGAUGCACCCCCGGGCACAGUGGUGGCUGUGAUACACGUCAGAGACAGGGACUCUGGUGAUCAGGGCAAGGUCCAGUGCCACGUGCCUCCAGAUCUUCCCUUCCGGCUGCGCAAGGACUACGAGCACCAGUACUCACUGCUAACCAGCACCCGUUUGGACCGGGAGCAUGUUGCCUACUACAAUGUCACCAUCUCUGCCUCGGACCUGGGCAGUCCCCCACUCUCCCGCUACACCACCUUGCCAAUCACCCUGACAGAUGUCAAUGACAACGUGCCCCAAUUUGAGCAAGCAUCCUAUGAGGUGCUGGUGGCAGAAAACAACCCUGUGGGCAGUGUGUUGGUUACAGUUUCUGCUACUGACCCGGAUUCGGAGCAGAAUUCCCGCCUCUCCUACUCCAUCCUGCGAGCUGGUGGGACAGAUCCAGGACUGGAUCCGACUCGCUACCUCUCCAUACAUCCCACAAGUGGGCAGGUCUCUGCCAAACUCCCUUUUGACUAUGAGCAAACCACUUAUCUCCAGUUCCAUGUGGAGGUCUCUGAUGGUGGCUCCCCGGCCCUGAGGAACAGGACACUGGUUCAUGUUUUCAUAGUGGACCAGAAUGACAAUGCCCCACAGGUGCAUUUCCCCCGGGCCGGGGAGGACUCUGCUACCCAGUUCCACAUCUCCCCCUCCAUCACCCCUCCUGCUCUCAUCACCAAGGUGAUGGCAAUAGAUGCGGACUCGGGGCGCAAUGCCUGGCUCUCCUACCACCUCAUGGAAGCCACGGACCCGGGGCUUUUCAGCGUGGCCCUGCGCUCCGGGGAGAUCCGGAUCACUCGGGUCCUGCAGGAGACAGAUCCCUCUGCACAUGAACUGCAGGUGGUGGUCCGGGAUGCUGGGGACCCACCCCUCUCCGCAGCCAUCACGCUGGUGGUGCUGGUGGAGGAGAAGGGUCCAGAGGCUUUGCAGGGCUCCGAGGCUCGGGCCACCGACGUGGGGGGGUUACCCACGGUUACGCUUUAUCUGAUCGUGUCCCUGGUGCUCAUCUCCACGGUCUCGCUGGUGGGACUGGCAGUGCUGGGCGUGCGGUGCCUCCGGAAGGGCUCUGCUCCUGCCAACCAGGGCUGCUGCGUGGAGAGCGUGAACACCCUUCAGCCCCCUCCCAGCCACAUUUUUGGGCAUUUGCACUAUGAACCAAAGCAAGGGGACACGGUGAUGGGCGUCCAGGUGACGGCCACGGCCCCCCCCGCCCCGCGUUACCGCUCCUGCUUUUCGCCCGUCUCGGACAUCACCUUCUCCUGCCUGCCGGCUCCCAGCAGCUCCCAGCUCCGUUAUUCCGUGCCCGAGGACCGGGAGCCGGGCUCCUGGGUGGGCGACCUGGCCAAGGACCUUGGGGUGGAUUUGCGGAGCUUGGCCACCCGCAGCCUGCGCCUGGUGAGCGAGGGUGGGCAGAGGCACUUCAAGGUGGACCUUGCAGCAGGGGUGCUGCUCCUCGACAGCAGGCUGGACAGGGAGGCACUGUGUGGGCAGAGCCCCACGUGCUCCCUGCACCUCCAACUCGUUAUGGAGCAUCCCCUUCAGCUCCACCGGGUCGAGGUGGAUGUCCUCGACGUCAAUGACAACGCGCCUCAGUUCCCCAAGCCAGAGGUGGUCUUGGAGAUCACGGAGGUAGCCAACCCUGGGACUCGGCUACCCCUGGAGGUAGCAGAAGACCCAGAUAUGGGCUCCAACUCCAUCUCCACCUAUGAGCUCAGCCCCAGCCAGCAUUUUGCCCUGAGCAUCAACGUGAGAGGAGAUGGUGUUAAAAUGCCUGAGAUUGUACUUGAAAAAGCGUUGGAUAGAGAGAAGGUGGCUGUUCAUCACCUGACGCUCACAGCCCUGGAUGGAGGGAAUCCAGUGAAGUCUGGCACAGCCAAGGUCACCAUCCAUGUCCUGGAUGCAAAUGACAACCCUCCUGUCUGCGACCCACCCGUAUCCAAGGUGCAUCUGGAGGAGAACGUGCCAGUGGGCACUCUGGUCACCAAACUGAAUGUCACUGAUCUGGAUGAAGGUCCCAACGGGGAUGUGGAAUAUUCUUUCAAAGUUAGCAAUAAUGCACCUGGUAAAUUCACCAAGCUGUUCUCCUUAGACCCUCGGACAGGGGAGAUCAGAACCAAAGCUCCUCUGGAUUACGAGGAAUCCAGUGCUUACGAGAUUGCGGUUCGAGCCAGGGACAAGGGAUCCCCAGCCAUGGAAGGACACUGUCACCUGAGGGUGGAAUUAAUUGAUAUCAAUGAUAACAGCCCAGAGAUCGUGCUGACCUCUCUCUCCAGCCCCGUGCAGGAGGAUGCAACCCCGGGCACUGUGAUUGCCCUCAUUGGUGUGAAGGACAGCGACUCUGGUGACAAUGGGCAGGUCCGCCUGCAGAUCACGAAAGAGCUCCCGUUUAAACUGGUGUCAUCUUUUAAGGAGCAUUUCUCCCUGGUCACAAAUGGUCCCCUCGAUCGGGAGAAGGCCAGUGGAUACAACAUCACAGUGAGGGCUGUGGAUUCCGGGUUCCCACAGAGGGCCACACAAAAGACCUUUUACCUUGGAAUUGCUGACGUGAAUGACAAUGCACCAAAUUUCUCCAGCCCUUUUGAUACAGCUCAUGUUCAGGAAAACUCCCUACCUGGAACUUCUGUCUUUUCAGUGUCAGCAUUUGAUCCUGAUGAAGGUAGCAAUGCCAAGCUGUCUUACUCCAUCUUGGACAACGGGAUGCAGGAUGUACCCAUCUCAGCCUACUUCCGGAUAGACCAGGAUAAUGGCACCAUCUACACUAUGAGAGCUCUGGACUAUGAGCAGGACAAGGUGUUCCAGGUGCCUGUGGAAGUGAAGGAUGCUGGGUCUCCUGUGCUGAGUAGCACUGCAGUGGUUCAUGUGUUUGUUCUGGAUGAGAACGACAAUGCCCCUACCAUUGUCUACCCACCAGUCCCCAAGGGCUCUGCCUUCCACCAAACCAUCCCGGUCUUGGCAGAACCUGGCUAUCUGGUCACCAAAAUUGUAGCUGUUGAUGCUGAUAGUGGCCAUAAUGCUUGGCUGUCCUAUCAACUGCAGGAGAGUGCUGAGGCUUUGCCUUUCCAAGUGGAACGCCGCUCUGGAGAGAUAAGGCAAGCUCAGCCCAACACAGACUGGCGCUUCUCUCAGACCCAGAGACCUGGAACCAGUGGCUCCCAGAAUGGAGAGGAAGGUGGAGCUUGGCCCAACAACCAGUUUGACACGGAGAUGCUCCAAGCCAUGAUCCUGGCCUCAGCAAAUGAAGCUGCUGAUGCCAACGCCACCCUGGGGGGCGGGACGGGCACCAUGGGGCUGAGCGCCCGCUACGGCCCCCAGUUCACCCUGCAGCACGUCCCCGAUUACCGGCAGAACGUGUACAUCCCGGGCAGCACCGCCACCCUCACCAACGCCGCCGGGAAACGCGACGCCAAGGCCACCAACCCCUCCGGGGGCAACAAGAAGAAAUCUGGGAAGAAGGAGAAGAAGUAG